GUGACCUUUUUAACCAAUGAAAAUUCCCGUCUCUUCAAGACUAUCGGGUGAAGAAGCAAAAUGGCGACAGAUGCAAUGAAGAAAGUGAGCGAGUUGUUUAAUGUUUCGAAUGUAAAGAAAGAGCAAGAACAGAUGUUGGAAAUGCUUUUGAGAAGACAGGACUGCAUCGCAGUGUUACCCACAGGCUACGGUAAAUCCUUACCAUACCAAAUGCUCGUACCAGUUCGACGGGAAAUGAAAACGAGUGACAUGAACUGUAAAAUUAUCGUUUGUUCACCAUUAAUGGCUUUAAUGCGUGAUCAAUGCGAAAGACUGAACAGCAUUCCAGGCAUAAGAGCUGUAUAUAAAGGAGGCUCUCAGGAUAAUGAAUUAAUACAAAGCGGGGAUUUCGACUACCUCUUUGCAUCCCCAGAAUAUCUUGUUGGAGAUAAAACGUUCCGGGCCAAGAUUCAAACCUUUGAUGUGUCCACGAUAGUUGUUGAUGAGUUCCAUACCAUUUCAACCUGGGGUGAAGAGGAGGGAAAACAAGCAUUCCGCAAAUGGUAUCGCACAUUGGUGAACUGAGAUCACUUUUUCCCAAAGCCUCAGUGCUUGCAUUGAGUGCUACGUGCACCAAGAAAAUAUCAAGAAGAGUUUCAAAAAUUCUCCAACUUGGCACCGACACAACCGAAAUUAGAAUUUCACCCAACAGAGAUAACAUCAAGGUUGUUGUGAAAAAAAUUCCAAAUACUACAGAGAUGGCC